AUGGAUAAAGUAAGAAAAUCAAUUCUUAAAGAAAAUGCUCAAGAGUCUAAAUUAGAGAAUACACAAGAAUUUAAACUAGAAACUGCUUCGAUUUUUGAAAAUUUAAAUGCAUCUGAAUCUUUGGAAAGUUUAUUAAUGGAAAUUAAAAAGAAACUAGGAUUAUCGGAAAGCGGGGUUUUGGAAUUCAAAAACGCAGUUAAUAAAAUUAUCAAGAAAUCUCUUUCAGAAAAAGAAAAAGAGUUACUAUUAUUAAUAAACGAAAACAAUCAGUUGAAAACUGAUAUAAAAAGGUUAAAUAAUAAAAUGGCACUGUCGGAAUAAGUUCUAGCCCUUACUUCCCCCCUCCGUGAGUGAACAAAACCAUUAGAAAAAUCGCUAUUUUUUGCCCAAAAACCCACCCUCCGUGAGUGAACAAAAAUUUUUUUAAUAGAAAAAUUUUUUAUGGAAAAAAAUUUUGAUAUAUAAAUGAUAAUUAGUAUAAUGAAAUCUAGAGCUAAUUCUGUUUAAUUUUAAACGAAUUGCUUUUUAAAACAUAAAUUUUAUAAAUUAAAUUAAUAUUUGCUUUUCAAUUUUUGCGAAUUAGGAUUUUUUAAAUUUCGAAAAAAAAAUAUGUUUUUAUAAAAUUUAUAUAUAAAUGUUUUAAAAAAAAAAAAUUAACCCCCCUCCAUGAGUGAACAACAUUUUUUUGUUCACUCACGGAGGGGGGGGGAGUUAGGACUUUUAGGAGUCAUAGGGCUUGCAACACUUGGCCUCUCAACAGAGCGAGAGACCCUUCGGAACGCACUUAGGAGUCAAGUAACAGCUAGUCAAUUGAACUAGCAAGGCUAUCGGCAUCUGGAGAGUGAAAUCUGUAUGGAAAGCUUGAGAAAUGAUGUCACGAAUUGAGCUAAUAAUGUUAAAGUAAGAAGUUUUUAUACGUCCAUAAGAGGGACUCCCACUAGCCGGACUACUUUGACCACAGGAAAGGCUGCCUACGCUGUCUAUGCAUAUACACCUGAGUACAAAUGGUGUAAGGCCCAACUGGCCAAGCACAGGUCGCAAUCAGACACCCCCACCCCCCUUCACAGAUGGCACCCCCACCCCUCAAAAAAUAAAGUGUUUAUCCUAUAGAAGUAAUUGAUAGGAAACAAGCAGAAUGAAUUAAAUAAUUCCAAUUAAAACACUAAAUUGAUAAAUUAAGUCCAUAAAUUGCUUUAAUAUUUAUGAUUAAUUAAUAAAUUUAAAUAAUUAACAAUUAAUUAGAAAAUAUAUUAAAUUUUUUUUUAUAUUUAUACAUAUAAUGCCAAAGAUAUAGAUAAUGGCAUUAAUUAUUAAAUUAGCACAAUACAAUAACUUGCAUUAAAUUUAUUGAUUCAUAAAUUAAAGCUAAUCUGAUGCCCAUUGCACAAGGAUUGCAGGACUGAAUUGGUAGCAGGAUUCAAUAAUGCUAAUAAAAAUAGUAUUUGCUAUUGCCAGUUUUACUUUUGGAUCUCUAAUUCGAAUCUUUAUCCAUUGUUCCACAAAGUUCAUAAAUACAUGCAGGAUAUACUGCUAAUUAAAACCAAAGAUCAUUAUUAUGCUUGCUAACAAAUUUCUUCAGAUAUGGUUGCUUAGUAGUUAUAGGAAAUUCUCACCCCAUUCCACCUACUCCUUAAUCGAUUGUGCUACGCUAUGUGGAUAUUGUAUAAAUCAGUAAUUUUGAAUAUUAAAAUAAUAAUUUAUUUAUUACGCCUGCUCUAAAUUAGCAUUUGUCAUAUAUCUAUGCUAUAUUAAGGGGGUGGGGGUGCCAUUAAAAGGGAGGUGGGGUUGCCAUUAAAAGAGGGGGUGGGGUAUCAUUAAAAAUAGGGGGUAGGGUGUUUGAUUACGACUUGUGCUUGACCACCCAACCAAAAUUCUGCCCUCUUGAAUUUUCUAGCUAAACUUACCUAAACCUAAGGAUCAAUUCCCUAGGCUAAAGCCACCUCUGUCGGGUGCCCCGAUAUUCCUGAUAGGCGAAAACUAUGUGAGAGGCAAAAGACUUGUAUAGACCAUAUAGCAGGGACAACCGUGCUUUGCGAAGUUGAAGCUAUUUCCUCAGUAAAGCCUUCCCUCUUCAGCAAGGCUUCCCCUAACCUAAAGCCUACUUCAAAAGAGACAGAGGCUCUGUUCUAGCUUCAUCAGGAUGGAUCCGACCUUCUCCAUAGUAAAGUGCACCUCGGAGACCAAUUUCCGUCAGCGUCGCCAUUUUAUUUCUCCUCUCGGGUGAAUAAAGGUGCGGUUAACGUCCCCCUUGCUCUGUGGCUGUAGCGAUGCGUAAUAGAAUAAAUAUAAAAAGGCUAGAGGAGCUAUAUAAUAUCAAAUGCGGAGAAUCUAUAAAAGUUAUCAACGAAGCUGAAUUAAAUAGCAAAAUAAAAUACUUGGACUUUGAAAACUCUUCGUUAAUUUACAAAAAUAAACUUUUAUAUACAGAAAAAGAAAAGUUUAAAAAACAAGCUGAAUAUUUCAAAGCUGACCUUGAAAAACUAGCCAAAUCAUCAAAAGAGAACCUAGAGCAGCUCAAAGAAUUCCAAUGCAGAAGAAUGCAGCUCUAUGACAAUGCUGUAAAAAAAUACGAAAAGUUACUAGAAGCUGAAUCUGGAUAUGGAGAUGUGAAAGUGAUAACAGUAGAAGAAAAUAAUGACAAUUCUAUAAAAGUUUGCAUUUUAAUGGUUUUCUUCAUCUUGAUGUCCAUAUUCGGGAUUUUCAUUUUAGACAGCUCGAAUACCUCCAAAUAA